AUGCCUCUUACAACAAAACCACCGCCCCCAGCACCGCCACUACCACCGCCGCGGUCCCCAGCGAGCCACGUCCUCACCACCCCGGAGCUCCUGGAGGCCAUCCUGGCGCACCUGGACCCGCGCACGCUGCUCACGGCCGCCCAGCGCGUGAACCGCCUCUUCCACGCCCUGGUGGCCGCCUCGCCGCGCCUGCAGGAGGCCCUGUUCUUCCGGCCGCGGCGGCCCGCCGCGGGCUGGGACAGCGUCGAGGCCAACGCGCUGGUCUUCGGCGCCCUGCCCGUGCGCUUCCACUACCAGGGCCUGGCGGACAGCGAGCGGCGCUUCCACCGUGCUCCGGCGGCGGCGGCGGCGGCCGGUGGUCCGGGGUGCGCUGCUGUUGACGACGACGUCCUCGUCCGCGCCCGGCCGUGCCCGGCGGUCGUCAACGACCGCCGCGCCGCGUGGGAGGCGGACGCGCGGUUCGCGCGGCCCGAGGCGAGCUGGCGCCGCAUGCUGGCGGUGCAGCCGCUGCUGGACGGCAGCUCGGCGCCGUGGCGGGUGCCGGACUGGGCCCACGCGCCGGGGCGCGACCCGAGCGAGACGCUGCAGCGCGUGUGCGCGACGCGGGGGCCCCUGGACGCCGAGGUCUUCGCGGAGCACCACGGGCAACUACGGAUGGGCCGGGUGCUGGAGCGGGCGCGCGAGAUGCUCGGGGACGGGGAGACGCUGUUCUGCGUCAAGCUCCUGCUGUACGAGGGCGCGGGGGAGACCCGGGUCGACCUCGUGGGCCGAGGCUCCAGGCAUGUAGCGGGGAAAUGUCUGGUGUUUCUCCGGACGUAUUUUCCUACUGCGGCUUGA